GUGACUGUGGACUGUUGAUUUUACCCCAGCUCCAGAAUAAAAACCAGAGGGGGAGACACUUCUGUGUGGUGGUACCAUCCCUCCUCUAUCAUAAACACUGAGGAUACAGAGACACCUCCAGCAGAGUCCAGCAGAUCAACACAGCCAGCUACAGGUGUGAUAACCACGUCUGCAGUGAGUGGAGGGGGAGGACUGUCCUGCAGAGCUGACAGAGUCAGGAACCCAAAGAAGCUGCAGAGGAAACAGACUGAUGGAGUCUCAGAUGGAAGUGAAGUUAAACCCACAGACUGAGUGACGUCUUAGAGGAUUAACUACUGCACAAAUAUCGGCUUAACAAAAAUGCUGUGCUUCUGCUGGCUUCAUCAGACAUGAGUCCAGCUUCGAUCAAAGAGGUCCUCUGCUGGAAACGAAGGAUUGCUGUCUCCGACUCUAUGACGGUGCAGAGAGGAAAGAAGCUCAGCAUCUCCAUCCAGGAACACAUGGCCAUUGACGUCUGCCCCGGCCCCAUCAGACCCAUUAGACAGAUCUCCGCCUACUUCCCCCGCCUGUCCCCCACCUCCCCGAACCCCGCCACCUCCCCUCUGGCCCUCAGCCCUGGCUCCGUGGCCUCUGGGAUGGGCGGGUCUAAUCUCUUGUCUCCCCUGCUGCCUCACGGGCGGCCGGCCGGGGGCGGGUCUCUGUCUCUGACGAGCAGCGUGGACACGUCGGUGGAGAUGAACAGCUCCGACAGUGACGACUGCACUACUCUGGGAACUCUGGCGUUCGAGCUGAGAUACGAGCAGAGCUCCAGCGAGCUGCACUGCACCUUGCUGCGGGCAAAGGGCCUGAAGCCCAUGGACUUUAACGGUCUAGCCGACCCGUACGUGAAGCUGCACCUGCUCCCUGGAGCCUGUAAGGCCAAUAAGCUGAAGACGAGGACGAUCCGAAACUCUCUGAAUCCAGUGUGGAAUGAGACGCUCACAUAUGUCGGGAUCACAGAGGAAGACAUGCACAAGAAGACGCUCAGGCUGACUGUGUGUGACGAGGACAAGUUGACUCACAAUGAGUUGAUUGGAGAAUCUCGGGUUCCCCUGAAACGAUUAAAACCCAACCAGACGAAACAUUUUCACACCUGUCUGGAGCACCCACCUCCACUCCCCUCUCCGACUGCGAUGGGUGAAGCUCUGCGUGGGAUCUCCUGCUACCUCAGAGAGUGGGAGAAGGAGCAGCUGCACAGCCUGGAGGAAAGAGGUCGUCUUCUUCUCUCUCUGCAGUUUCUUCCUCCUUGUUUGGAGGAUGAGGACAGAGGAGGAGGAGGAGGGGAGGAAGGAGGAGGUGAAGGACGUCGCAGUGGAGGUCUCUGUGUGGGAGUGAAGCGAUGCGCUCAUUUGGCCGCCAUGGACGUCAACGGAUUCUCCGACCCCUACGUGAAAAUAUACCUGAAGCCCGACAUAGAGAAGAAAUCCAAGCACAAAACCACAGUGAUGAAAAAAACCCUCAACCCUGAAUUUAACGAGGAGUUCUUCUACGAGAUCUCUCUGUCGGAGCUCAGCAAUAAGACUCUGGAGGUGACGGUGUGGGACUACGACCUGGGGCGCUCCAAUGAUUUCAUCGGUGGUGUCUGCCUGGGCUGUCACUCUCAGGGUGACGCCCUCCGUCACUGGAUGGACUGCCUGAAGAACCAAGGCAGGAGGGUGGAGCGGUGGCACAUCCUGACCAACGAGCUGCCCCAAUCCCUCAGCCACGACUAAAAUCCUGCACCGCAUCCUGCAGGCGGUCGCUGUCAGGGAACAGACGGUAACACAGAGGGCCUCGGGUUUCUUCAAGGGACGGACUUGAGCAGCAUCACCACAGGAGUCAGCGGUAACCCAGAGAGAGAGAGGGUGUAUCAUAAUAAGAGGGUGGAGCUUGAGCAGCAUGGUGUUGUGCCUUCAUUAUUGGUCGGUGAGUCAUCCCGAUGAAACGCCCAUCAGCUCCAUCACACCUUCAUCAUCUCACCUCAUCCAUCCACACAUCAACACGUUAGGUCGGUACGCUCCACCGGCGAGGGGUGGAACUCAGAGAUCAACACAAACACUGCUGCAGACGUCACAUCUCACAUUAAAGUGCAUGUUUUUCUACAACGGCGUUCACACACAUGUUCCUCACUCUCUCUCAAAGCAGGGUCACUUCACUUUAAAUGUUGCAGAAUAUAGUUCACUCCUCCAACAAAGACAGGAACUCUAAUCUCAUUACUUCUCCAUGACUGUAUCAUCACAUCUGAGUCUCAGAGCUGAGCAUCUUUUUAAGGGUUGGAGGAUCUCAUUCAGGCCGGUGUGCUCUCUGAACCUGCACAGAACCAGAUCCCACUCAGACCUGCGGGUCAAUACUCAGAGUACAAGGGUAGAUAUCACGCUUUUCACACUUACAAUACUUAAAGCCUUAUCUGGUCCUCGUCCUGCAGGAGGAUUUUCUGAGGUUGCACAGAAGAACUCUCCAUUCUCCUUCACUGAGAGACCAAACAGAAGUCUGCCUCAGUUAAGUAGGGUCGUAUGUUGAAGCUUCCCCGACUGAAAGGGUGUGCGAUCAUUAGUCCCCUCGAGGUUCAGUCUGUUAAGGUAAAUGUCUAAUCUGGGAGAAAGGAGUCUCAGCUUUAUAAUUCUGCUCCUUUAAAAUGAAGGGAUCAGUCCUACAUAUCACUGAACGUCAUAAUCCAUAGGGAGGUUUAGAUAAAGCUGCAGACACGUCGAAGGGUGAGGAAAGUUUUAACCCACUCCUGAAUAUCUAUCAUACAAAAACAUGCACAGCUCUGUGACUUCAAUGUGAUGAUCAUACAGCAGAAACUUCAUUUUCAACACGUUUGCAUGCUGCAGAAAAUAUUUGUAUUUCUAUAAACAAAGCUACAAACUCCUUUGCAUGAGAUCAUGCAACGGGACAAUCCAGACUGCUGAAAAGAAUGGUGAAAAUAAUCAGGGUUUUAUUUUGGAUCGACCUUCCUUCACUCAGACGUGCAUUCCCUCGUGUUGACGUGAUGUAAGCAUUCACACACUGCUGCAAAAAAACAGAAGCAUCAGAUAUGUCGAGUGUUUUUGUUAAUAUCCGUGAAUUUAAACACAAAGAAACACCAGACUGAACAUGUGGAGCUUCAGAUUUAGUGUCGUCGUGGUUUUAAAGGCCGGUGGGCGCACUUCUUACUCAGCUUGGCGAGGUUUAGUCGCCUCAAUUUACAAUAAUGUUUGACCCUUUUCAAUUAACAUCAAAACACUGUGAAAAUAAUCUACUCAUCAUUUGCAUAGAGGAUGCUUUUCAUCAUUAUUUUAACUUAAUAAUACUAAAUAAUACAGAGACGCCUCCAGGACAGAGUGCUUUAAUCUUCCUGUUGCACUGAAACAUAUCAUGGAGGUUCACUGAUCUGAGUUCAGGGUCAAAUUUGGCGCCAUGACGGCUACAUGAAAACAGCAAUAGCGACUAACAGAAGAGAAGUGUGCAUUUAUUCUUCCUACAGUUGUACAUUUUUGCUCCCUUUAUUUCUUCUUAGUUUAAAAGUAGAAUUGUGAUCAGCUGGUCCUCACAGGUGCAGGUGAGGGUGUGUGCUUGUGUCCCUGGGCUCAUUAGAAUCAACAGAAACGUCUCUCUGAUUAAACUUCUAAUAGCUCAGGGUGAAGCACAACACUGAAACUGUGUUCAACAUUAAUAAAUGAAUACAAUUGUCUUUGAUAUUCACAGCAGUCUAAAUUAAAACCAGUUUCAUACUGAAGUUAACGACCACAGAUAAUGUGCUCGUUUCUAGUCAGAUACUCGGCUGAUUUGAAAACAGCCUCGAGUUGAUGUAAUAACUUUAAAGCUCCAGUGAGGAGUUUUCAGCUGGUUGUGAAACACGGUUAAAUUGAUACUGAUGCCUCUUUAGGAGCUAAAAAAAACCCAAAUGAGACCAUCAGCGAGAAGACUGGUGAUUCCUGUUUUGUGACUUUAAUACCUGAACGCACUGCAGGGGGGGGGGGGGUAGGUGUCACAGCACACGACUGACAAAAUGCGGCAUAAACAGCCUUUCUUUAUAAUUUUAAAAGCAAAUAUUCAAAAUGAGAGACACAUCCGACCGUUUAAAGCAGGGGUGUCCAAAGUGCGGCCCGGGGGCCAAUCGCGGCCCUAGAUCCAUUUAUUUAUGGCCCCAAGCUUCCAUUUUAAAUUGUGUUAUUUAUAGCACAGAAAUUAAUCACAUUCUAAAUCAUCUGUACAUUUGCAGUUUCUUUCAAGCGCACAAACAAACUAAAGUCAAUCCAGAAACAUCUCAAAAAGCUUCAUAUGGACUACUUGUCUAAAGCCAAAGCUCUGGGAAUUCUGCAAGAUGACAAUAAAGAAACACAAGAACUCUUAAAGCUGACAGGCUUUUUCAAAUUAAUGUUUUUAUCAUGAUGUGAAAAUGUUCUUCAUGAACUCUUGGAGUUCAGAAGACACAAAAGAGGACACAAGACAAAAUCAAAAUUAUGAAAUUGUGCAGAAAAGGCAAAAUUUGGUGAAUAAAAUAGUUCAGAAUGCAGGAAAAUGAUUAUUUAGUUCUUAAAUGUUGUCUGCUGGUCAGAAAAGUCUAAAAAACAACAUGAAAAAGAAGUGUGAUGAAAUCCAGAUCGUGAUCCUGCCAUAGAAAAAUAAUGAGAUAAUAUUUUUCCCACAUUGCCCGACCAUUUUCCUCCAGAAGAAGAUAAAGUUUACGUGGCUUGAAGAGAACUGAGGACUACCUAGUUACUGAUUUAUUGAGAAAAUGUUUAAAAUAAUUGUUAUUAAAUAGAGAUUUCAUCUAUAACUUGUCUGAUUCCUAAGUCUCAGUAGUAGCUACAGGCCCUGAGGUAUUCUGACAACAUCAAAUGUGGCCCUCUUUGAAAAAAGUUUGGACACCCCUGGUUUAAAGAAAGCAGGAGAUUUUUUUUGGUCAGGACAAGAUCAGCAAAGCAAUACGAUGAACAUGUUUGUCCACAGGGGGCGCCAAAAAUGUCAGUUCCCCACAGGAGCUUUAACAUAAGCUCCAGGAUUUUGCAGAAUGCACAGUCUCUGUUAGCUUUUACUCUUUCCAGCUGACUCAAACGCAAACCAUGAUAUAUAUAAACUUCAUGCUAAAAGACUGAACAGGGUCAGGCUACGGCUAACAGAGAAAACAAUUACCGUAUUAUCAGCGUUCUGGUUUGUAUUUCACUUUUAAUGUUGCAAGAAUAAACACUAAGCUAUCUUGGAUGGAGUGCUAGCAUCUAUAGAAGUGUCCCGAUCCAGGGAACCAAGCCUUCGUAGCCUGCGUAGACCAGUCUGAACUGAGACCAUCUCAUCUACGGAGGAAUGUCAGUUUACGUCACCAACAGCUCCUUCCCGUACGCCGAUGUAGGCGAGUAGGUAGCUGGCUAAUGUGGCGAACUACCUGGCUAUGCUUUCGCACGUAACUACAACCAUCACCAACAUUUUGAAGAUAAUUUAAAUGCAUUUGUCUUUUUUAACAUUUGUACAGCAACUAAAUACUUUCAUUAAGCAGUGUGAAUCGUCACGUUAUCGUUUGAAUUGGUGCGCAGACAGUUGUAUCGUCAUACGUAGGACGCAUCUGGAGGAGUCUUUGAAAUGGGACCGACUUGGAUUCGGUCUUCAAAUGCAGCCUUCGAAAGCUGCAGCUCCUGGAUUGAAUUGAGACACAUCUUACAACUAUCUGAAUAUGACUUACCCAAAGAAGUGAUGCAGUCAUGUCCACCCACUAUCAACUUACAUUCCUAGAUCAAGCCUUUUUGGAUGAUGCUACCUAAGCGGACUCUUCUGUGCUCUCUUGUUGAUUUCUGGACGUUAAUGGAGGGACACAUUUUCGGCGUCAAACUAAAGCAAAUAACACGAUGCAAAAAAAAGUGCUUUUCCUUUUGGUCAGCUUGCAGCAUCACUUCAUCCCCAUUCACAUCUUCAUCAGUCAGAGUGAACCAUCAUCAUCCCCCAGAGGCCUCAUGUUUCAAACUCUCAUCACUCCUUCAUCUCACUCCUUCAUCUCACUCCUUCAUCUCACUCCUUCAUCUCACUCCUUCAUCUCACUCCUUCAUCUCACUCCUCUGAUAUCUGCUGUGAAAUGCACGGAUCACGUUACUAUUGCACUCUUUAAUACAUUUGUGAAAAUACAAUUUGCAUCCUGUUGUUACUGAAACUGAUGAUGAUGAUGAUGAUAACACAAUACAAGUGGUUCUUCCUUGUUGUUGCAUGAUGCAAUAUGUUGAUAUAUUUAUAUCUCUAUACUCCCUCUGCCUGUUUUAUAAUUGAGAAGUGUUUACAUAGGGGAAACAUGGAGGUCCGGCUCGUGUUUGAACCCUGCUGUUUACAGUGUUUAUUGUUCCUCUUUUAUGCACGACUGAAUGUACGAAUGUGGCUUUCUAUACGAUAUUGUUGAACUGUUGUUUACACUGAUCUUGUGCAUUACGGUUGUUCUUACAUUUCUAUCAGGUGUCUAAUGUACAAUGCAAAAAUAAAUUUGGAAUGCAACACAGA